AUACUCACACAGGAUUCGUUCCAUAAUUCUAUCGUUUUUACCGCCGUUUUACCGACCUCGACUUCGUUGAAAUUCAACCGUAUCACCUUCCCGCCGUCCGAAGUAUUUCCGUCCAUUCUAACAGGUCGGCCCUUGUUAAUCUUAUGUGUGAAAAUAAUUUUCGUCGCGACGACGUGUAUUUUCGUUUUGAAACGCAGAGCACAGAGAUCGUCGAUCUUAGAAAUUACUCUCUCUCUUUCUCUCUCUCUCUCUCUCUCUCUCUCUAUCUCUCUCUCCCCCCUUCUUUGUCUUUCCCAUGGACAUCAGAGCUGCAUUCGUUUUGUUUUGAUACGUGGAUGACGUAUCCUCGAAGACGGUGAAUCGAACCCGACUAUUCCGCGAAAAUAUCCUACGUCUUCCAAUUUUCUUCCCAGCUCUCCCCCUUCGUAUCGCGGCGAAUCAGUUGGGAAUUAAUCACUGACUCGAUUAUUCGUUGAUCGACGGUGACGUUAACCGUGUCCUUUAUGGCUUUCUGACAGUUCCUGCGAAAAUGGCUCGACGGGAUGUUCUGCAUCUUUUGUGUUUGAUGCUCCUCGCGAAUAAUUACGUGAACUACAGCUCGUGCACCCAUUACGGCCGGCAGUACGAUAAAUAUGGUUUGGAGUCUGAAAAAGUCUGCCACAGGCUUGGCAUCAAAUCAACCAUUGAAAUCACUGAUCUAGCUGCGGUGGUCUUGCCUAAACACAUGUUUGAUCGAUGGGAUGUUCUUCAGAAUGUUUAUUGCAGGUUCGUCUUCAAGGCAGCUAAAGGGGACGGUUUAUUUGGUGUCAUUCAAAAAAUGUCAUUCAGAAGGAAUGGUACGCAAUGCCUAGAUUAUGUACAGUUUAAGAGGAAGGAUAACUAUCGAACAGUGAAGUUCUGUGGGUCACUGGAUCGCAGUAAAACAAAGUAUUAUCCAGUACCUGAGCCUGAACAAAGUAUGCAUCCAUCAGGGUCCGUAUCGGCAGCAGGGAUUUUCGCUGAAUUCGAUCCAAGCACACGCAAGUCUGGUGGAGAAUUGGAAACUGAAAUAUUCAUUUCAAGAAAUAAAUUAGAGGAAGGAGAAUUUCUUGCUCUCAGUAUUGUUUAUACUCCAUAUAAAAAUUGUAGCAAAGUUGACCCAACCAAAUAUACAUCCAUCGAUUCGAACAUCUGUUUGGAAAAUGAAUUCUUCUGUGAUGGAAUUUAUAAUUGUGUGCCAAAUGUUUGUUCGGAUGAGGACAAGUGUCCAAACAAUGCCAAUGAAUUCAUUAGCACUGGUACUGGUACUAAAGUAACAGUGGGUGCAGUGACUACAAUGAUUCUGUGUUUUAUUAUAUUCAUUAUGGGUUUAUGGAUAUGUAAAAGAUCGCAGAAGUUAUGUUGGUCUCUGGAUUGUGCUGAUCCAGCAGCAUGUUCAUCAAGGCCAGGUCCAUUGCCACAUGAAACAGAAGGAACUGUAAAUCCACCAGUCCCUUCAGCGCCAAUGUUAGAAGUCGCUGUGACCUCGACCGUUGCUGAUAAAGAUUUACCACCUAGUUAUGAUUCAUUAUUUCCAGAACAAAGUAAUCCUGUUAGAUCAUAAUCGUAAUCGUAAGUUACUAAAUGUAACUAAUAGCUAUUGACAGCAUAUUAUCUAAUGUUUUAAUUAGGUACUGCUGUACACUGUGCAGUCUUCAUAUAUACAUAUAUAUACAUACAUAUAUAUAUGUAUAUAUAUGGUAUGAAUGAGUGCCUUUUUGAAUGGGACAAUGAUACACAGUUACAUAUAUGAACCUCAGAAAAAGAAACUACUUAAAUCUUUCCAUUUUUAAACAUUUUAUACCAACAACUUUUUCCAUACACUAUCCAAUAACUAUAAUGUUGUAAAUUUUUAUAUUUUCUAUUACUGCAAUAUAUUUUAAACAUUGUUCUUUAUUACUCGAAAAUAAAUACUCUUUUGUUGUAGUUAAAACACAAAUAUGCAACUAAAAUUAUAGGCACAAGAAAAAAAAUGUUUAUUUUUCGAGGAAUGAUCACUCAAUUAAUUACAACGAAAUACUAUCUCGAGAAGAUCCUCGUUUAUAGUUAGUAAGUCAUUUUUUUUUUUAAUAUUGGGAGAAGUACAGUAUUUAAUAAACAUAAUAUUUAUACGAGAUUGUUUUUAAUUUAAAGUUGAGAUACUUGCGACACAAGUAACCGAACAAAAAUAUUGUUUAGUGUCGUAAUUUGCAUCAUGACGAUCUGCGCAACAAAUAUAUCCUUAUAUUGAAGUGUGUAUUUAUUAAGACAUAGCAUCUUGACUAUGCAGUUUGCAAACACGAAAUAAUACAGCUUAUACAUAUGUAAGAUAUUUAUAAUGUUUUUAUACAUAUAUAAGGUAUAAAAAUUUUAUAGUAUUAUACAACAUCUAGGAACAUGUGUAUAUUUUGAAAAUUUAUUUGUUACGAACCUUUAUACACGUAUACAUGACGAAUUUGUGUAAAUAUUAAAUUUGUAAUAAUAAAA